AUGGCUAUAACUGUCGAUAAAAUUUUCAAUGCACACAGAUUCUCCGGUGAUAAUGCCUUGCAGUUUCUUUUUUAUUUGCCAUUUGGAAUCCUCUUGAUGGCUAUAAGAAUUGUACUUGCACUAAUACUGUGGAUUGCAUCCAUUAUCCUUCCAGACAAAUCCGGUGUGCGACAGAUGUUGUCCACGCUCGCCUGUUGGACAUUUGGUAUUGUUGAUAGUGGUUUGUAUAUGAUGUCAAGCUUUAAAGGUCGGUGGUUUAAUGGUGAAAGGUAA